AUGGGAUCUCGAAAGCAGCUGAAGUCCACCCGCUCGGCUGCAGACCCGCAGACCAAGCCAGUCAGCUCCGCCCCAGCUCAGGCAGCUCACGACAACCAUCUAGCAUCUCAAAAACCUGCUAGCGGAGGGGGCUGGACGACCAGGACUUGGCCGCGGGGACAGAAAGCCGCUGCUGUAACCGAGGUUGCCCGAGAAAGCAUUUCAGCAGCUAGCAACAUUGCAUCAGAGCUCGCCGUCUCGACAGCUUCGUUACCGGACUCAUCAAAGACCUUCAGAACCAAUUCCAUUCAAUUAACCAGGAAAGCAGGCGCCUCAAGCCGGUCUCUUCCGGCAAAUGCUACGACUACUAGAAUAAAUAUCGCCUCAAACGGAUCUUCUUCAACAGUACCCGAUAUUGGAUCUCCCGAGGAGCCAUCCAUACCGAACGGGCAUGCAGUCAAACCUGCAGAGAAAGACUCAUUAAAUGGUACUGCGAGUGCCAACGACACCGAGACGUUAGAUCAACAAGUCCCGGAUACAACGCAGACAGAAUCUGGACUCCCUGUCCAGGAAAACAAUACACAAUCAUCCUGGCUCAGCUGGCUCAGCUGGGGUGCUAGCACAACAGACAAGGAAAGCCCCAAAGAGCACGAUAUGGGUGCGGCCGACGAUGAACCAAAGCCAGAAUCUGCUCCUGCAGAAGGUCCCGAAGCCUCUGACAGCAACGAAAACACUCAUGAGGCCGUAGAAGAAUCUGAGAUACCAGAUUCUGCCCAACAGGCACAUGCAGACACAGCAGAACCUGCAUCACACACAUCGCAGAGAAAAAGUUGGUUGCAAAUAUGGGGUGGAACCAAUGUCAGCAAAGCGGAAGAGGCCCCUCAGAAAGAUAUUCCAGGUGAUGAGCCUCAUAUCGAGCCCGACCAACCAGCCAGCCAACCCAUGAAUGUCCCGAGCACAGAUCAGAACUCUCAGGUCGAGCAGCUCCAACAAAGCGAGUCUCACAAGCAGCGCUCAGACUCGUCUAAGCCAUCUCCAUCUGGGUGGGCUUUUUGGUCCCGAGAAAUUCCCAAGACAGAUGUUUCGCAUGCGAAACAACAAGAGACUGGCGAGCUCGUAUUGUCUGAGCAGGUCCAAAGUAAAGCAAAGCCGGACGACAACGUACCUCAACCAUAUACCCAGGCCACCCUAUCAACGUCUCCAAAAUCUACGAAACCGGCUAUACCCGUGAAAUCAGCCAGUAGAAAAGCCAUCAAAGCCAACAAGCCUACUACAGAAAAUGUGGUAGAAUAUACUGCAGACAAUGACACUACCCCGGCUCCUAUACCUGCUAAGGUUAAGCCACAGGAGCCUACGGCAUCAAAACAGCUUCAAAGUGUAUUGACAAGCCAGGUGCUUCCUGCUUUCAAAGACACUUUUGCGUUGCAAGAAUCCGCGUCGUGGUUACAGACAUUAGGCCGACUCCUCCAUUAUUCCAAAGAUCCGGAAACCCAACAUGUGUCAAUAAUACGCGAUCCGCCUCGCCCUAAACGUUGCCUGGCAAUUGGAGUUCACGGCUAUUUCCCAGCUCCAUACCUUCGUACGGUGCUCGGUCAACCCACUGGAACGUCUUUGAAAUUUUCCACCCUGGCAGCAAAGGCCAUUCACCAGUGGGCUGAAAACCACGGCUACCACUGCGAUGUUGAAAAAAUUUCUUUGGAGGGAGAAGGUCGCAUUGCGGAUAGAGUAGAUCUACUGUGGAAGCUCCUGCUCCGAUGGAUGGAAGAAAUUCGAAAAGCCGAAUUCAUAAUGUUCGCUUGCCAUAGUCAAGGUGCUCCCGUCACGAUCAUGUUAGUCGCCAAAUUGAUUGCAUUUGGGUGUCUGGAUGCGUCUCGUGUUGGUAUAUGCGCUAUGGCCGGAGUCAAUCUGGGUCCAUUUCCAGACUAUAAAUCGAGAUGGAUAGGCGGGUCUGCUGGGGAGCUAUUUGAUUUUGCCAAUCCGACCACCAAAGUGUCCAAAGAGUACGAAAUGGCAUUGAAGGCAUGUUUGGAAUUCGGGGUUCGAAUUACAUAUGUUGGAAGUAUAGAUGACCAGUUGGUUUCCCUAGAGUCCUCGCUAUUCGACCCGGUUUCUCACCCUUAUAUCUACCGGGCUGUAUUUGUGGAUAGCAAGGUCCAUGCACCCAGCUUCCUUUCGCAUCUAGUAGGAUUUACCCUCAAGCUACGAAACCUCGGUGUCCAUGAUCAUGGCCUCAUUCGAGAAUUAAGCACACCUCUUGCGGGAAGUCUCGUGGGAGGUGAAGGCCAUUCUCGUCUUCAUGAUGAAGAAAACAUAUACCUCAUGGCCGUCGAAUUCGCCCUUGAAACUUCAAAUGUCAAUGGAGCAACUCUACACUACAAACGCCAUCACCUUUUACCAUCAACACCGACCAAUCCAUACAUCCUCCCAUUCGCAUUGCGCGGUCUACUCGAGGAAGACUAUGUCCGACAUGAACUUCACCAGGAGAGCAUGGAACUACUAAAGCAGUUUGAUGAAUGGAAACCAACGACGAAAGUGCUCAAGGACGUGAAAUUUCGGUUAGAGGGGAUUCGGUCUAAACUUUAA